CUUGAGUGCUGUGGAACUCGUACAUUAAACAUCUCAGGAGGUCAGCGCAAACGUUUGGCUAUAGCUCUGGAACUAGUCAACAAUCCUCCAGUCAUGUUCUUUGAUGAACCAACUAGUGGUUUGGAUAGUGCAUCCUGUUUCCAGGUGGUGUCACUGCUGAGCUCUUUAGCACAAGGCGGUCGUACUAUCAUUUGCACCAUACAUCAACCAAGUGCCAAACUGUUUGAAAUGUUUGACAAGUUGUAUAUUCUCAGUCAGGGUCAGUGCAUAUAUCGAGGGUCUGUAACUCACCUUAUUCCAUAUCUGAAGGGAUUAGGAUUACACUGCCCAACCUACCACAACCCUGCGGACUUCAUUAUUGAAAUAGCCUCAGGGGAGUAUGGAGACCUAAAUCCGGUGUUAUUCCGAGCAGUGGAAGAUGGACUGUGCCCGAUCCACAGGGAAAAGAGUAAACCAUCUAUUAUAGAACUAGACAUAGGUCCCACAGUAAGUAUAUAUACUCACACACAAAACACUACUCAAUACAAGUGCCGCAUGAUGCUGUAAAAAAGAUAAAGCCUUGCAAGCUGCAAGAAGGUUGAAAAGGAUAGAACUCCCCCACAUCUAUAGUGAACAUGUUGGGGGUUAUUUACUAAAAUUAGAGAGUGCAAAAUCUGGUGCAGGUCUGCAUAGAAAUCAAUCAGCUUCCAGGUUUUAUUGUCAAAGCUUAAUUGAACAAGCUGGAGCUAGAAGCUAAUUGACUACCAUGCACUGCUGCACCAGAUUCUGAGAGCUCCGGUUUUAGUAAAUCUCCCCCACUGCAACCAUUUAAUGCAUCGGUGUGUAUU